UGCGAUGAUUGAAGAAACAGUUCAACGCAUUUCAGAAUUGCCACCAAUAAACUGAUGCCACAGUAGAAGCCAUCGGUAGAUUGUGGUUUCUUGUAAAGAAAAUCAGAAAAUUCCAUGUCAGCACGACACACAACGUUUUCGUAGAGGCCUCCUCAUUAGCGGCCUUGCCGUUGAUUGAGCCCUAAAGGAUUAAAAAAGAAAAUGUGUGUAUCUGAAAGACGAGAAAAACAUAGUGUACAAUAUAGGGACAUCAAAAAUAAAGAUAGAAAGAGAAAAAGAGUAAAUCAGUGGAAGAAUGGCAAUUGUCAAUAAAAUAUUUUGCCAAGAUACAAAUAUGUAUCUGGCUUACCUUACUUUUGUUAUUAUUUCAUUUCUUAGGUGCUGUCACGAGAAUAACUCAAGCAAGUGAUCCUAUUUUUGGUAUAUGUAGUACGUCUGUUGGUGGUGAUAGUCAACCAGCAUCAUAUGGUUAUGGUCAAUGUAAUUAUCCACCAGCAAGUACUAAUGUAAGUGACCCAAGUAUACCUACCGAUGAUGAAAGUCCAAUGCAAAUUCUCGAUUCAAAUUUCACUACACAAUACCAUAAUUAUGGAAACAAUCUUGAAACAGCAUCGAGUCCAAAUCAAGGUGACACCACUGGCUUUUAUAUUAUACCAUCUCAAACUAGCACUGUUUUGAGAGCAAUACAGUUUGGUACGGCACGUGAUUUCCCAGAAGGAGACCCAUUAAGUAUAACACUUGAGGGCUCGAAUUCAACUAACACAACAGAACUGAUACUUGGUAGAUAUUGGACGCUAAUGUAUUCGGGUGUCACGGGUCUAACGACAGAUCCGGGACGUUCAGUCUAUGGCGAUUUAAUAACUCUAUCAAAUAGUACUGUGCCGUAUAAUAGUUACAGAGUAUUAAUAACCGCACAGAGAGGAGUAUCGAAUGGAGUUCAAUAUAGUGAAGUUGCUCUUUAUCGGUAA